AUGGAGACGACGCCCCCCACCAAGCUAAACCCCAACCUAAGCGGCGUCCCAGAGACACUCCUCGGCAUCCUCUACGCCCGCGCCGUCGACGCCAGAGCAGCCACGCCGAUCCUGGCCGACCGCCACGCCGCCCGCCUGGUGCAGCAGCUCGACUACCACUGGACAGGGCUGCGGCUCACGGGGGCCCGGUGCGCCGUCUUUGCCCUCCGCGCGCGGUUCCUGGAUCGGUGGGUGGGCGAGUUCUUGCGCGAGGCUCGGGGCCGGGGCGAGCCGGCUGUUACGGUGCUGCAUCUGGCUGCGGGGCUGGACACGCGCGCGCUGCGGGUCCUCGAGGAGUAUUGCUGUCGUGGUGGUGGUGAUGAUGAUGAUGAUGAUGAUGAUGAUGAUGAUGAUGAUGAUGAUGAUGACGACACUGGGCUGCUGGUGCACUGGGUGGACUGUGACCUGCCGAACGUGGUGGAGCUGCGAGAGAAGCUGGCUCGCGUGCGGUACGAGUGCAAGGCCGUCGACGUCACGGAGGCGAACUGGCUGGCGAGGUUGGCAUUGCCUCGCAGCCGGCCGACCAUGGUCGUGUUCGAGGGGCUGACGAUGUACCUGCAACCAGCGCAAGGGGGAAGGAGGAGCGGUGACGGUGGCGGUGGCAGCAGCAGCAGAAACCAGGUGUGUUUUGACUGCCUGUCCUGGCUCGCUGUGGUGCUGCAGAGGCUCGAGCCCAUCGUGGCGCAGACGGGGGCGAGGUUCUACUGGGCCGUGGACGAGCCGCGGGAGCUGGAGGGCGGCGAGGCGGGGUUGAGGCUGCGGGACGAGGUGUUUCCUAUUGCUGCGGCGGAGAAUGUGGAGUUGCCGUAUCUGGCGCGGUGGGGGUUCUGGUUGGGUUCUUGGAUCCCUGGGGUGAGGAGGAUGGGGAGAUAUGUCAGGUUUGAGUGGUGA